AUGGAGAACAUUACAGCCGAACAUCUCCACACAAUACAAGACCACCCUAAUAAUAAUGAACUGGAGGAUGCUCGCUACAUUCCCAUUGUGGUGUUGGGAUCGUUGUCCAGUAGUCUAUCACUGAUUGGCUCUGCCUGCAUCGUCUACAUGUCCUGCCAUGAACUGAAACACAUCAAGCAACGCCUCCUGUUGUCCCUGUCUCUGGCGGACAUGGUUUCUUCCAUGGCAUGUCUCUUGAUGCCAUUUGCCGUGCCGUCCUUUUUGGGUCUUCCGGGUGCCAUUGGAAACCACGCUUCCUGCACGACGGUGGGCUUCUUUCAUCUGUUUACGUUUAAAUUGGGAGCAUUCUACAAUACUUAUUUGAGCCUCUACUUUCUGCUGCUGGUCCGAUGGAACUGGAAAGAACACAACUUUUCCAAAACUGCCGAAGCGGUCGCUCAUAUCAUCGCCGUGGCAAUCCCGUUGAGCAUUGAUGUAGCGGCGGCAGCCACGCAAUCCCUCAAUCCCCUGCCAGGACUCGCCAAUGCAUGUGCCUAUUCCACCUACCCGGUGGAUUGUGGGGACGAACAAGACUGUCAACGUUCCACCUUACAAACCAUCUUGGUGUUGCAUCGUGUGGCGGGCUCGGUCGUACUCCUCAUUUCCAUUCUUGGAUUUGGUGCCACUGGCAUGGUCUGGUUCACGGCCCGCAAACAAUUCCAAACCAGUCGCAAGUAUCGCUUUGAUCGAUCCGACUCAUCCCUGACGAAGCCAGCAACAACGAGCAGUCGUACUGGCAAUGCCAAAUCUUCCAGUAGUAUGGAUGCCAACGACAAGUAUAUUCGACAAGUUGGAGUUCAGGCCGUACUUUAUUCCUUGGAGCAACUGGGGCAAAGAGAUUUCUAUGGAAUCCAAAUUCUAUUUUGGAUCUUGUUUCCAUUACAAGGAGCCUUUAACUUUUUUGUCUACACCAGACUGUCCGUCCAACGGUGGAGACGUGUCCAUCCAGAGGCUUCCAUAUUCUGGAUUUACGGACAAAUACUCACCUGUGCCGUGCUUCCCAACCACAAUCGUGGGUCUACCGUCCACCGUAACACAAGCAGAAGAGAUGUACGAUUGUCCCCACAAAAGGCUUUGGAGCAGCAGCGCAGUACGGGUCGGGAAGAGGAUGGGUCCUCCCUCCAGCAACCAGCUGCAUCAUCGAAUCCUCCCGAGCAAAAAGUCGAGUCCCCGUGA